UUAUCGUAUACGUCAUUUUUCCAGUAAUAAAUGUAAUGGUAUAUAAAAUGAUAAAAUUAUUCAGGCCGGUGUAAUAUCUCAUAAUAUUGUGUGCGUGUGAUACCCACCUUCCUACCCACUGAUCGUGAAAGCAAUGACGUACAACGCGAUUAUGAAUAGACGAAAAUGCAGUGCUGAAGUGUAUAAAAUAUUCAAAACAUUCUUUUCUUCUACAAGUAACAAAGUCAGUAACUAUGAUUUUGUGGUUGUCGGAGGUGGAAUUGUUGGAGUGGCAGCCGCACGGCAAAUUUUACUUAAGAAUCCUAAACUUAAAAUUGCCGUUCUGGAAAAAGAAAACAAGUUAGCACAGCAUCAAACAGGCCACAAUAGUGGAGUUAUUCAUGCUGGCAUUUAUUACAAACCUGGCUCAUUAAAAGCAAAGUUAUGUGUUGAAGGGUUACAUUUGUCUUAUAAAUAUUGUGAAGAGAAUAAAAUUCCAUUCAAAAAAGUUGGAAAGUUAAUUGUAGCAACUAACAAUAUAGAAGUAGAAAGGCUUCUUGAUUUGCAAGACAGAGGAUUGAAAAACAAUGUUCCGGGACUAGAACUAUUAGAAAAAGAUAGAAUAAAAGAAGUUGAACCUAGCUGUGAAGGAGUCAAGGCCCUGUGGUCACCUGAAACUGGUAUUGUUGAUUGGGCUCUUGUAACUGAAUUUUAUGGAAAGGACGUAAUGAAAAUGAAUGGCGAUAUAAUAUUAAAAUUUAAGGUUAAUGGAUUUAAAGAAAAUAACGAUCCUAACUAUCCAGUAUUAAUUACAUCUGCAGAUAAUCGCCAAGUUGCUACCAAAUACGCCCUGACAUGUGCUGGUCUUUACUCAGAUCAUGUAGCAAAAAUGUCUGGAUGUUCUCCAGAUCCAAUGAUAUGCCCCUUUAGAGGCGAAUAUUUACUAUUGACUAAGUCAAAAGCUAAUCUUGUGAAGGGCAAUAUUUACCCAGUGCCUGAUCCUAAGUUUCCAUUUUUAGGUGUACAUUUUACUCCAAGAAUGAAUGGUGACAUGUGGUUAGGACCAAAUGCUGUACUUGCAUUUAAAAGAGAAGGUUAUAAAGUGACUGACAUUAAUUUGAAGGAGCUUUUCGAAGUUCUAUUAUAUCCUGGUUUCCAAAAGUUGGCAUUCAAAUAUAUAUCUUUUGGUAUAUUAGAAAUGAAGAAGUCGCUAAUAACAAGCUUUCAAGUACGAGAUUUACAGAAGUUUAUUCCCUCUUUAACCACAGCAGAUGUUCAACCUGGUCCUGCUGGAGUAAGAGCACAAGCUCUAGACAGAAAUGGAAAUUUAGUGGAUGAUUUUGUUUUUGAUAAAGGUGGUAGUGAAAUAGGUGCGAGAAUACUUCAUUGUAGAAAUGCUCCGUCCCCUGGUGCUACGAGUUCCUUAGCUAUAGCGAAAAUGUUAGAAGAACGAGUAGAAAAGGAAUUCAAUAUCAGUAUGAUGCACGCAUAACACAUGUAUGUAUGUAGAUACGUUGUAUGUAAAAGGAUGUAACUAAUUUUUGUCUUCCCUUUUUUUUUUUAAUAAAUGCCUUAUUUUUA